GUUUAUUUAAACACGUGCAAAAAUCUAUAUUGUUUAAAGUUCGUACAUUCUUAACCCUCUUAUUCAUAAUGAUUAAAAAAAAAUAGGUUUACAAAAGGUUGUGUAACUUUAUUCAUAAACGCUGUUUUCGGUUUACAAAAGCUUUACACAACUGCAACACUUAAACAACGUUUAUUGUCUGUUUAAACCUUUUACACCUUUUGUGAGUUCUUGAUUGAUUCUUACUUAUUACAGUAAAUUUGUCUGUAUUUUUAAUUAGUACAUCAGUCAUCGUCUGGAUAGAGUUAUAGUAAAUACUACAGAAAAUGAUUGGUCUUCGUGUGCUGUUGGGUAUAUCUCUGCUAGUCGUCCUUAUGAAUAUUUUGGCGGUUAAGGCGGAAUCAGAAAGAGUUUGCUAUCAACCUCCUGUAACUGGUGAGUGUCGUGCUGCCAUUCGGCGAUACUACUUUAAUCGCGCUGCGGGGAGGUGCCUAGUAUUUAUUUACGGUGGCUGCGGUGGAAAUAGCAAUAACUUUAUAUCUCUAAGGGAUUGUGUAGCUAUUUGCGGUGCAAAGUGAACAACAGGAUAUACAAACACGGAUUUUUUUUUAAACUUAAACCUAAUUCCUUUUAUAUACAGUGGCGGAUAUAUAAAUAAAA